ACAGCAACUUGCUUGGUCUGAAGGCCGACAUUCUGGAGGACAGAGAAGACGUGAACAACUGAGCACCUGCCUUCUAUUCCAUUGCUCCUUCCUUGGUGGCUUUAAAGAAGUAAAAUGGAGAGGACAAGCCUUUGGUUUCUGGUGCUCCUCAGCUUCUCAGGAACCCUGUCGCAGACCAGCAUGGAUGGGAAAGUGUUCGUGUUCCCAAAGGAGUCAGACACUGCCUACGCUCUCCUGAAGCCCACCCUAGAGGAGCCGUUGCAGCGCUUCACUGUGUGCCUCAGUUUCUUCACCGACUUGACCCGCCAAUUCUCCCUCUUCUCUGCCUCUUCUAGGCAACACGACAACGAGAUCCUCCUCUUCAGACACCCGGCUGAGUUUCACGUCUGCGUGGGUGGCCAAUGUCUCGCUUACAAGGUGCCCAGCCUCGCAGAGAGGAUCAGCAGCCUCCACUGGGAAACUGCAUGCGUGACGUGGGAAUCGGCGACUGGGAUCGUUCAACUUUGGCUGGGUGGGCAGCCCUUGCCGCGCAAAGGAGUUGCCAAAGGCUACAGGGUGAAGACGGAUCUGGUGGUGAUGCUGGGGCAGGAUCAGGACUCCUACGGUGGCUCGCUUGAGGCUGGACAGUCCUUUGUUGGGGAAAUGGCUGACGUGUAUAUGUGGGACAGUGUGUUGCCUCCAGAGCAGUUGAGGCAGUUCCAGAAGGACAGGAUUCCUACGCCUUUAGUGGACUGGGCUGCUCUGAAGUUUGAAAUUAAAGGCUACGUGGUGACAGAGCCCACCUCUUAUUAAAGCCUAAAAGAAAAGAGUAAGAUGGUGGCCCUUUUUGGAGUUUGCCAGACCUUGUACAACUUGUGACCCUGCAAACCAAUCGAACAAUAGACCACUCAAGACCAAAGUGGAGCUAGCCUACAAAACACUUUUUGUUUUCUGCCUGGGACUAACGGGAGAGGAAAAGGGGGUGAGAUGGGGUAUGUCAAAUUUCUCAUCAACGAUCAAAACAGAUUAAUGCUAUAGGGUUAGGGAGACUGCAGGGCACCGCUAAGUUCUGGUAGACAAUAAAAAUUCGUCAAUAUUAUAUAGUAUUAGCACAGUUUGUAUAGAACAUAAGAACCAACAGCCCAUCUAGUUCUAUGACAUUGUUUAAUUAUAUUGUUUAUUGUUAUUGUUAUAGGUUUUUUUUAUGUUUCUGAUAUUUUGAUGUGUUAUAUGGGGUAUUGUACGUCGCUCAGAGUGGCUGGGAAGUCAGCCAGAUGAGCGUCUAACAAAUCAAACAAAUAAAUAAAUAAAUAAAUAGAUGAUAGA